UACGUGCGUUGCGAAGGAGCCGCCUGAUAGUCGAAGCCCUAACCCUAGCUCUUCGUUUCCCUUUUCCAUUUCUCCGCAUCCUCUGAUCUGAAGAGCCUCGAUCGAUCAAUCGCCAUGGGUUCGAAGAAAUCCGACAAUCCACCCUUCGGCGACGGCGCUAGUCCUGGGAAAAUUUUCAUCGGAGGUUUAGCCAAAGAUGCGACGUUAGAUCAGUUUACGAAGUACUUUGGGAGGUACGGGGAGAUAACAGACUCGGUUAUCAUGAAAGAUCGGCACACGGGUAGGCCAAGGGGAUUUGGGUUUAUAACCUACGCUGAUCCAUCUGUCGUAGACACCGUUAUAGCCGAAACUCAUGUCAUCAAUGGAAAACAGGUUGAAAUCAAAAGGACAAUUCCAAAAGGAUCUUCUGAAUCCAAGGACUUCAAAACGAAAAAGGUAUUUGUUGGUGGGAUACCAACAUCUGUUACUGAAGAUGAGUUCAAGGGUUUCUUUUCGAAGUAUGGGAAGGUAGUGGAAAAUGAGAUAAUUCGAGAUCAUGCAACUAAACGGUCACGUGGAUUUGGGUUUAUUGUAUUUGACAAUGAAGAAGUAGUUGAUAAUUUGCUGGCAAAUGGAAAUAUGAUUGAUAUGGCAGGCACACAGGUUGAGGUCAAGAAGGCUGAACCAAAGAAACCCUCAAAUCCAGCACCUGCUUCUGGAUAUGGUAGUGAUUCUAGGGGCCGUGGAUAUGGUGAUGGUUUUGGUGGAUUUGGCAACUCCUAUAGCGGUUUCAGCAGUGGCGGUUAUGGCCCUGCUUCUUAUAGGUCACUUGGCAGUGGUCUUGGUGGUGGUGGUGGUGCUGGUGGUAGGCUUGGUGAUUACGGUGGAUAUGGUAGCGGAGGAAGUGAAUUUGGUGGGCGUUAUGGUGACUUUGGUGGUGGCAGUGAUUACAUGGGUUAUCGGGGAGAGCCUUCACUUGGCUAUUCUAGUCGCUUUGGCUCCUACUCUGGAGGCUUUGGUGGGGGCUAUGGUGGAAGUGGAUUUGGUCCAUAUGGCCGCGGUGGUGGAGGCUAUGGCAGUUAUGGCAGCGGCUCAGGAUCUGGUCCCGGUUAUGAUUCCGGCCCUGGUGCUGGUUAUGGUGGAGGAGGGGGACUCUAUGGGUCUAGGGCAGGCUAUAGUGGAGGUAGUCGAUACCACCCUUAUGCAAGGUAGAUUUUGCUAAGCUUCCCCUGUAGGAGUGCCCAUUCUGGCUCUCACUGUAUUGCAUCUUCCUGUUCGAAGUUUCCGUAGACACUGGCACUUAUUGCAAGAGGACAGAAUAGAAGAUCAGAAGCACCUUUAGUUCUUAUUGCGAUAUGGAUUAGACAGCCAGAGCUAGAUCAUCAAUCUAGUUACUUGAGUAUGCUUGUUCUAGCUAGAUGUUUAGUUUGUUAUGGAAUUUUAGUUAGUAAUUGGAGUUGGAAAUGUACCAUCUUUGGAAUUAUUCUAGAUGCUUGUUCUCAGACGUCUCUUUCUUUUAUUUCUAGAUUGCUUGAUGUGUGACAAACUACUAGUUGUGGCAGGAUACAUUCACCUGUUUAUGUUGGCUA